CUGAAUGCCAAGUACGGAAACAUCGAAUUGUACCAGUCCUAAAUCAUCAACUGCAUCGUCAUCAUCAAUCUGUCACUUACACGACUGAUCCUAAUAUUCAGCUAUCCGACGAUCCACAAGAGGCGAUUAUCACAUACGCAACUCAGAGCUACCGAUUUCUCGUUCGCUAGACCAAAAAAUAAUAUCCCCCAAUACGAUCCGGGCAUCUAGAUCGAACCAUAGCCAUUGCGCAGCCUACAGACCGAACUCCGUUAGGGAUGAUUGUGGUAUUGGAAGCCGGCAUUUAUAUCUGAUUAUUAUAUUACAUAUAAGGCUUGACCAUGGCUGCCCCGACAGGGAACCAGGGCUGGGCUCAGUUGCGCCAGCAAGCUCGGAGUUUAGAGUCUCAGACGGAGACGCUAUUCCACACAUACUCGCAGUUUUCUACUGUCGCUAAUAUCCCGGCGAAGCCGACCAAGGAAGAACGAGAAACAGAAGCGAAGUUGAAGGAGAUACUCGAUAAAAGGGAUAAUGUGGUCAAUCAACUAGGACGCCUCCUAGACUCGGAAGCGAGCCUUACAUCAUCCGCUCUGAAACAGAACAAUCUUUCCCUCCUUCGCGAGAAGCUCGCCGAGCACAGAAGAGAUCUUGGGCGAAUGCGGGCAGGCUUACAAGAAGCAAGGAACCGUUCAAAUCUACUCUCAAAUGUCCGAGAUGACAUUCAGACAUAUCGAGCGAACAAUCCCGAAGCCGCCGAAGCCGAGUACAUGUUAGACGAACGGAACCGUAUCGACAACAGUCAUAAUAUGGUCGACAGCGUCCUCAGUCAGGCUUACGCCACCAACGAGAACUUCAUCGUACAGCGGGAAACCCUAGCCAACAUCAACAGGAGAAUUACCAUGGCCGCGAGUCAGGUCCCCGGCCUAAACACCAUAAUCGGCAAGAUUUCGGCGCGGAAGCGACGAGAUGGUCUUAUUAUGGGCGGCUUUAUCGCUUUCUGUUUCGUAAUCUUCUUUUUCUUCUUGUAGACGGCGGUUACCGAAGAUCGGCUUCCUCGUUUCUCUGUUUUUGGCGGGAUGAACAAAAUACCAUGAUUUUCCGAUUUUGCAUCAUUGUCCUGCAAGGCGUUCGGGUGCUUUUUUCUUUUUCUUCAAUGGGAUCCCAGAGUGUGUUGUAUAAUAUGAAUGGAGGACAUGUUAAAGAAUCAGCCUUAUGCAGUACAUUGAGAGAGGAAUUGACGUUACGAUUGGCAUCAUGUUUCGUCGACAGGGGGUUCGGAGUAUGUUAACGUCGAGCCAUUUAUCCUCCUUUUGGACACACUAAAGGGAGGUGGGUAUCGUUUCAAUUUAUCGUACUAUAUAAUGAUACAUAGCUUCCGAUUCAACUUCCC